AUGGCUUUAAGAUGGCUAGUUUCAAAUAUUAUGCGCAAAACUCUUGGCGCACGAAUGGUGGAAAACUGGAGAAAUCCAUACAUGGCCAGCAAAAUCUAUGCUAAUUACUCAAUGACAACAACAGAUAAACCAUCCGAAGAAGUUUCAUCGGACAAGGAGAACUUCCAUUUGCGCUUCAAUGUAGAGAAUUUCAGUCCCGAGGAUCUUCAGAUCAAGGUAAUAGGCAACAUAUUAGUGAUUGAAGGUAUGCACGGCGAAAAAGAAGACGAAGGUGGCGUAAUUAGGCGUUACUUUGUUCGUAAAUAUACAAUCCCUGAAUGUUUCGAUACGGAAAAGGUAUUAUCGUCACUGUCGACGAAAGGGAUACUAGAGAUCCAGGCACCAAUUAAGAAAUGUUUGGACGAACCUGUAGUGGAACGAAACAUACCCAUUCAGAAGAGUUCUUAGAUUUCUUCUUGGUGUUAAGUCUGAUUUUUCGAAUAUGUUACAAUGGUCAAAGGAUCGCGCGAAUUUCGAUGUAUAAAUUAGUAGUAUAUGAUGACGGUGAAAGUGCCGUUUUCUCCGUCCUUGUAUAUUAAAUAAAUGAAAUUAAGAAAGUGAGGAU